AUGUCAUAUAAAUGCCCUUUUUGUCCAAGGUACUUUAGCACAAGGUCUGCAUACACUCAAUAUAAGAAUUUUUGUACUCCGCUUAAUAACGAUAGUAGCGAUAGUGAAGAAUUAGAAGAAUUUGAACAUAAAACUAAUAAUCAUGAUAUCAAGAUGGUCCGUGAAGAUUCAUGCGAAGAUCUUUCUGAUAAUAAAAGUACAGACUCGGAAAUAAAUAAUCAGAGUUUUCAAAGUAUGAUGUCAAUUUCAGAGGUUGGUGAAAUUGAUCAAAAUAUAGAAGAAAUAGACCACGAUGAAAAUGAAAAUGUCUUUGAAAAUAUCUUGGAAGAUUCUGAUUCAGAAUUGAAUGAAGAAGAAUCCAAACCAGAAAUUAAUGUUAAUUACCCAAGUGAAGCAUAUGGUAAUUUAAUGGCAUUAGUUACGAAACAUAAACUUAACAAUGCGACAAGAAAUGCUAUAAUUAAAUUCUUUAAUAAACAUGCAAAUUUAGAUAAAUCACCUCUUCCAAGAUCUAUCGAACAAGGCAGCAAAUAUAUGGAUAAUAUGAAACUACCAAAUUUAAAUUAUACUAAAACUAACAUAUCACAAAAUUUUGCGUUAACUUUUGAGAAAGUUGAGCAUAACGGUGAAAGGGAGUUUAGCGAACAAAAUACUGGGAUAUGGUGGGAAAAUGCGGAAAAAUCCCUGCCACCUGGUGCCAGGCUUUUAUCUUUAAUAUUAUAUUCUGACGCUACAAAUGUUGACACACUAGGAAAAACGUAUCUGCUGAUCUUAAAAUCUAAUAAUAUUACUGAAAGGAAGUCUGAAACAUUUAAGAUUGCUGUUCGCGAAUGCUUCCAUAAAUCUUUGGAAUUGUUACUAGACCCUUUAUUAAAAUUAAAUAAAAAUGGCAUUGAUCUAUUUUUAAAUAACGAAAUAAUUUGGUUUUAUCCUAGAGUUUCAGCUAUGAUAUCUGACUGGCCGGAAGCUGCAACGUACUGUCUUACAUACAAAUCACCAAUGUCGAAACGUCCUUGUUAUUUUUGUCUAGUCACAAGAGACAAUCUUGCUGAUCUUAAUUUACAAAUUGAUGAUAUAACACCACGAACUCAUGUUAAUAUGCAGCAGUAUUUUAAUUAA